AGGGAGGGAGGGGAGAGGAGAGAGCGCGAGCGAAGAGACAGAGAGAGAGAGAGAGAGAGAGAGAGAGAGAGAGAGAGGAGCGAGGUGUAGGGAAAUCGAGGGGGAGAGAACCCGAGUGUGUGUAUGCGUGUGCGUGUGUGAGCGCGAGCGAGCGAGUGAGGGAGAGGAGCGAGAGAGUGCGAGCGAGAAAGAAUAAAAGGAAAGAAGAUUUUCUCUAUGUAUAUAAAGAUGGCCACGUUAGCAAACGGACAGGCUGACAACGCGAGCCUCAGUACCAACGGGCUCGGCGGCAGCCCGGGCAGCGCCGGGCACAUGAACGGAUUAAGCCACAGCCCGGGGAACCCGUCGACCAUUCCCAUGAAGGACCACGAUGCCAUCAAGCUGUUCAUUGGGCAGAUCCCCCGAAACCUGGAUGAGAAGGACCUCAAGCCCCUCUUCGAGGAGUUUGGCAAGAUCUACGAGCUCACGGUUCUGAAGGACAGGUUCACAGGCAUGCACAAAGGCUGCGCUUUCCUCACCUACUGCGAGCGUGAGUCAGCGCUGAAGGCCCAGAGCGCGCUGCACGAGCAGAAGACUCUGCCCGGGAUGAACCGGCCAAUCCAGGUGAAGCCCGCGGACAGCGAGAGCCGAGGAGGUAGUAGCUGCCUGCGCCAGCCCCCUUCACAAGAUAGAAAACUCUUCGUGGGUAUGCUCAAUAAGCAGCAGUCCGAGGACGACGUGCGCCGCCUCUUCGAGGCCUUCGGGAACAUCGAGGAGUGCACCAUCCUGCGCGGGCCAGACGGCAACAGCAAGGGGUGCGCCUUCGUGAAGUACUCCUCGCACGCAGAGGCGCAAGCCGCGAUCAACGCUCUGCAUGGCAGCCAGACCAUGCCGGGAGCCUCAUCCAGUCUGGUGGUCAAGUUCGCGGACACUGACAAGGAGCGCACGAUGCGGCGAAUGCAGCAGAUGGCUGGCCAGAUGGGCAUGUUCAACCCCAUGGCCAUCCCCUUCGGGGCUUACGGCGCCUAUGCUCAGGCACUGAUGCAGCAGCAAGCGGCCCUCAUGGCAUCAGUUGCACAGGGUGGCUACCUGAACCCCAUGGCUGCCUUCGCUGCCGCCCAGAUGCAGCAGAUGGCGGCCCUCAACAUGAACGGCCUGGCGGCCGCACCUAUGACCCCAACCUCAGGUGGCAGCACCCCUCCAGGCAUAACUGCACCAGCCGUGCCUAGCAUCCCAUCCCCCAUUGGGGUGAACGGCUUCACUGGCCUCCCCCCACAGGCCAAUGGGCAACCUGCUGCAGAAGCUGUAUUUGCCAAUGGCAUCCACCCCUACCCAGCACAGAGCCCCACCGCCGCGGACCCCCUGCAGCAGGCCUACGCCGGAGUGCAGCAGUAUGCAGGUCCAGCUGCCUACCCUGCUGCCUAUGGUCAGAUAAGCCAGGCCUUUCCUCAGCCACCUCCAAUGAUUCCCCAGCAACAGAGAGAAGGGCCCGAGGGCUGUAACCUGUUCAUCUACCAUCUGCCCCAGGAGUUUGGGGACGCUGAGCUGAUGCAGAUGUUCCUCCCUUUCGGCCCCCAGAGCUGGGCAUUGUUGAGGAGCCAGGAGGAGACUGACUGGUCCCUGCCCUCAGGAAGCCUAAGCUCUGAGCCCAGAUGGAAAUCACAGCUACUGAACUGCAGUGAGCUCUGCGAGGCACCGAGCAAUGAAGCCAUCAGGAAGGCAGAGGAAAGACAGACUGGGCAGAGGCUUCGUGAGCUUCGACAACCCGGCCAGCGCGCAGACCGCCAUCCAGGCCAUGAACGGCUUCCAGAUCGGCAUGAAGAGGCUCAAGGUGCAGCUGAAGCGGCCCAAAGACGCCAAUCGCCCAUACUGAGCGCCGGCGGGAGCGUCCCCCGGGGGAGACCAGGACUCGCACAGGGCCAGUCAAAUCCACCACAGUCUCGCGCUGAGCUAGGAAUAAAGUUCACGUAAUCACAUGAGAGUGGAGAAAAGUCCCCCAUCCGGCAGGAUGCUGAACGGGCUACAUUAAAAAAAAAAAAAAAAAACCUCUUUCUCUCUCUAUUUAUAAAUGAGAACUGUUGGAUGACACCUUUGACAUAUCAGCCAAUAUCAGUCAAGCUGAAGACUCCAGACACUCUGUGUGACUGUAACAUUUCUUCAAGGAAAGUAUAGCGUCUAUGGAGUUCAGAGGGCACGUGUUUGGGGAAAAAAUAUACAUGACAUAAAGAAGACGACGACGAAGAAAAAUGAGAAAACAAAAACACAAAAAAGGCAACUUUAAAACAAAGUAACGUGAGACCAGACGGGGAGGCUGAAGGGCUGGGCACUGGGAGGAGACGCUGCUGCUCACCGAACCCUGGGCUUUUCCAGCCUGUGGGCGCCUGAGGCAGGCGGGGCAAGCGUGCUGUGGGGCCUGGUCCCGGGUGAGGCCAGGAGGCCGCCACUGAGCAUCUCUGUCAUUCCUUUAGCUAUUUAGGGACCAAAGGACCAAACUUUUUAUUGCAGAUGUGUAGCUCUAUGUCAAAUAGAGGGGGAAUGGAGAACCACCUCCUUCCUGCCUCCUGGCUGUUCUUGUAACAGCCUAGAGCGAUUCUAUGAAAAAUGUAAUAAAAAAAAACUUAAAAAAAAAACAAAAAAAGAAAAAAAAGAAAAAAAAGAAAAAAUAAUAAUGCUUCAAUGCUUUUGAAACAGCAAGAUACUAGUUCUUUGAUACUUUGAGAGGCGCUUUGAUUACCCUCAUUGAAGUCUAUGACACUUUCCUAUGGUUUUCUGUAUUAUAUGUCUGGAUGGAGCUGUUAAGAUGAACACAUUGCUGGAUGUUUGGGGAAAGCAACAAAAGUAUUAAAACUCAUUAACUGUGAAGUGUGAGAACACGGGAGGGAAACAAACUUCCAAGGCAAGGUAAUUGUGAAAAGUCUGUAAAUGCUUCUCUUCCCCCUCUUAAAAUCAUAAUAGUUGUACAGAAUUUUAAAAAGGAAAAGUUUAAAAUACCUAUAUAAUAGAAGAAAAAUUAGAGGAAAGCAAAAAAUAAAAAAAAAUAAUAAAAAAGGAAAAAAAAAACCUAUAGAAGUUAGCGUUACUGCUAAAAUCCCAGAUGUUGUAGGACUGUACUUUUGUAGAGUUUAGACUGAGCAUCAAUCCCUUCUCCCCUCGAGUGCUGUCGGACGCCGUCGUCCCGAGGGCCAGGCCGGCCUCUCCCAGACCUGCAGGCUGCGCGCCACGGGCCAGGAAGGGCCCCUCGCCGGCCGCCGCUGCCGCCCGCGCCUCUCGCUUUGCCCCGGGAGGGGAGCCGGGAGCCGCGCUCGCUCGCUCGCUCGCCCGCCCGCCUGCCUUCCGCAAGCCCUCGACACCUCCCGCUUCACUCGCCGCCUUCCAUGCUUGUUCCAGAGACUUUCCGGGCAAGGGAGAACUGGGAACUUUCAUCUUAAAACAACUAGACAACACACACACACACAAAAACCUUAAAAAAAAGAGAGAGAGAAAAAUAAACAAUCUUUGAAGAAUUUCUGAAACUGUUUACAAGGAAUUUUGAAAAACAGGGAUGUUUAAAUGAUGCCGGCUCUGUUUUUCUGUAAAUAAAUUUGCAUAUUUUGUAGGACUUUUAAUUGUAAUGAUAGAGAAAAAACAAGGAAAACUAUUUAAUGAAAGCACGAUAUUUAUCUUUGGUAAAUGACUUUAGAGCAGUUAAAGACAUUGCUUAAAAACUCAGAAUCAGAAAAAACACUGAAUUAUUUAAGAACACAUAUAUUUUAAAGUAUAUCAUAUUUAUUAUAAUUUAUUUGCACCGUUGGGAAGACUUAUUUUGGCAUUCUGCCUCAAUAACUUCUCAUUGAUGUCCAAUUCAUCUGGAGGCCAGAGGGACUUGCGGACCUAUCAUUUUUUUUCUUUUUUUCUUUUAGAAGAACAAAUUUCUGGUUCCUCUCAGGCCUUCUGUCUUUCCUUUCUGUCAAUUUUGUUAUUGUUGUUGUUGUUGUUUUAAUUUUCUUUUUCUUUUUCUUGACUCCUCCUUUUAGGAUGUCCAAAUGUUGUAAAAACAAAACAAAACAAAACAGCUGCAGUUCAGUACAACUGCUCUUUUCACACUCAACUCCCUAAAACUCCUUGUAACCUUCUGUAACUAUUGGAUGACGCUUUCUCCAGCUUAGCCCUAAAUAAAGCACAGUUUAAAAAAAAAAA